CCGGCUGGGUGGAGUCAGCAGCAGCAGCUCCAGCCUCAUUCAGUGCGUGAGCUCAGCACUGAUUUUUGUGACUCCCUAUUCCGGUGUCGGAGAGGCCUUUGUCUGAGGAAAGUGGAAUGAAAACAGGCGACAUAUAGCAAUAUUUCUUACACAUUUCAUCGCUUUAUAUCGAUAAGAAGAGCAAAUAUACGGGAGCAUGGGGGUCUAUGAGGAGAAAAAGGAAACAUGUGGAACCAUCUGCCUGAAAUACCUCCUGUUUAGUUUCAACUUUCUCUUCUGGUUGGCAGGGGGCGCCGUGAUGGCGGUGGGUGUUUGGACCUUGGUUGAGAAGAGCGACUACAUCAGCCUUCUCUCCUCCAAGACCUACGCCGCCUCCGCCUACAUACUGGUCCUGGCUGGAGCCAUCGUCAUGGUAACAGGCGUGCUGGGCUGCUGUGCCACCUUCAAGGAGCAGAGGAGGCUACUGCGAGUGUACUUUGUCCUGCUGCUGUGUAUCUUCCUGUUAGAGAUCCUGGCUGGCAUCCUGGCUUAUAUCUACUACCAGCAGUUGAAUGAGGAGCUGAAGCAGAACCUGAGAGAGACCAUGACCCAGAAGUAUAAACAGAGCAGCCAUGAGCACAUCACCAGGGCUGUGGACAAGCUGCAGCAGGAGUUCAAGUGCUGUGGCAGCAACCGUUCAACCGACUGGGAAGAGAGCGUCUGGAUUCGCUCCAGCGACGCACAAGGCAGGAAGGUGCCUGACAGCUGCUGCAAGACGCUCACCGAUCUCUGCGGCCUCAGGGACCACCCAUCCAACAUCUACAAGGUGGAGGGUGGCUGCAUCACCAAACUGGAGAAAUUCAUCUUGGACCAUCUGAAGAUCAUCGGGGCGGUGGGUGUUGGGGUCGCCUGCGUACAGGUCAUAGGGAUGGUGUUUACGUGCUGCCUAUAUCGAAGUCUAAAGGCAGAGCCGUACUAGGAGAAGCAGAAGAAGAAGAAGAAGAGUGGGUGGGUGAGGGAGGCGACUUCAUCACCACAUGCCGUACUCAAAUAGCCCAUUGGUUCUUUUCUUUGCAACUUUGGCAAGCGAUCAAAUUUCACAUCUGAGGGUCUCAUUUUGGUAAACAAAGGGUGGAAAAACACUCCCAAGGUUUCUUGAAGUAAUUAGGCACUCAAACUGCAGCCUCAGCUACAUCUUCCAAGAUCACAGCGCUGUGAGAAAAACAAAAAGCCUCCGAGAGCAACUGAUGGGAAUUUCUAACGCAGACUGUGGAAAUUGACGUGGGACAGACUCCUCGGGACUUAAACAUUGUAGUUUUCUUCCACUCCGAUUCCCUCAAUGUGCAUUUGUCUGUGGACCAGGUGCUACUCCCCCAGAGUGCUGUAAAGAUCUAAUCACUAAAACGGGCACUUUGCAGAAAAUGUCCCUCCUGGUCGCAGCAGCUUUCCUUUCCGAGUCGCGUUUCCGAGCCGAACUCCGGGGCCCUCUUCAACUGCAAAAGCGCUUUUUGUUUCCACGUUAACUAGCCAGUCGUGCAUUUCAAAUAUUCAUUCGAUCGUGGCCUUUUUUUUUUUUUUUUUUUUUACUUUUGAACUGUUAGUUUUUAUAUUUUGUAAAAGGAUUAUUUUCUGUAACACUUGAGGCGCCUUUCUUACGAGCUAUUCUUUUUUGCCUAAUCUGUCUUCAUAUAGCACAUGUCGGUGUUUGACCAUCACGCGUUUGUCAUUCAUAUAUCUCAAUAUGCUUACUAUUUUGUGUAGUAUCAUUUAUUUCUGUAUGACCCUCUCUGUUAUCUUGUUCGAAAUAAAUUUCCACAAACAUCAAUCAGUCAAUCUUUAAGACCUGUGGAGAAGGACACAGUACUAUCUGCUCUCAAGUUAGUGCCUUCUUCAGCAGCAUAACUGGUGCCCUGUGUGACUACCCUAAGGUAGCGAGGUGAUUAUGUGUUACUCAUACAUACAAACAGUGCCACUGAUGUUGCUCAUAAGAAAGUGCCUCGUGUUUGAUUCUUUUUUUUAACAUAAGGGAUUUAUCCACUGAUGCCAAAAUUGUCAACCGUAACUUUGUGUAUGGACCUAUUGUAUCUCUUCCAGCCUUAUUCACGUAUCUCCUGAUGUCUCUCUUUUUAGAUUGUUUUCAUGAAUGAAGAUUUUGUUUGACUUUUCUAUAGACCAUGAAUAUAUUAUUGUAUUUAACAGACACAUUGGUAGGAAAUGAUAGUCACUCACUGUUGGCAAUGAUCUUUUUCCUGUGUGCCUCAAAGACGACACUAAACGGAUCUGCUGUAUAUCUGUCUUGGUAAUCCAGGAAUUCUUCUAUGUUUGAAUAAACAUUGAUCACUAAUAACA